AUGUGUUUUGGACUUAGGAACAAAUAGAGGACAUACAUCUUUUGUUUAGAGUCGUCAUGUAUUCUACAUAUGUAUAUUCAACUGUCUUUUCGCCAUAUUUUUAAAAUAUUUUAUUUAUUAAACAGCGCAUGUGUUUAAUUACACUUCACAAUGUUUGCGAGGUGCAGUCUGUCCAAAUCCAAACAAGCUUAUCAAAUACUAAGGAUGGGGAACUUCACAUCCUCUGAGCCUGGGUUGUCAAGCACAGCAUGUGCUCAGUUUGUCCAGGAUAUUGUGUCCAAGAACUGCGUUGUGAUAUUCUCCAAGACCACGUGUCCUUACUGUAAGAUGGCUAAGAAUGUAUUUAAUGAGAUAGGAGCAUCAUAUAAAGUCAUUGAACUGGAUGAGCACAAUGAUGGUCGACGACUCCAGGAGACCUUAGCGCAAAUGACAGGUGCCAGAACAGUGCCAAGAGUCUUUAUCAAUGGACAGUGCAUUGGAGGGGGUUCAGACACAAAACAUCUUCACCAGCAAGGGAAACUUCUGCCUCUCAUUGAACAGUGUAGGCCAUGCUGUUUGAGUAACAGCACUGACGGCUCAGAGAAUGCUUAAUUUCAAUCUGAUCAGUGAUAAUGUAUUUAUAAUGUUUGUAUUCUUUGGCCACCCUGAAACAGAGCAAAUCCAUGUAAAGGACUGUAGAAAAUAGCCCACCUGAUCUGCCUAAAGGCUUGUGUAUAGUUUGUUUUUCUGCAUUUUGCAUCGGAUCAUUGCCUUUCAAUGUAUACCCUUUUGAACAUGAGCAAAUAUGAAGUUCGACACAUGCACACUACAACUGCUUUAUGAUACUUUUUUAGAAUUGUCAACGGCAGGCGCAUGCGCCAACGAUGCACACGGAUGAGGACAGUCCGCGCACACUGUGCUGAUGACGGAAUUUGCGUCAUACAUAAUGUGCGUGUUUUGAUCAGCAGCGUGGACAACCGAAGUAUACUUCGGCCUUAAAUCACUGAAAUGAGUUCAUGGUUGUUUUUUUAUUGUUAUAAUUUCCCCGAACUCUUGAUAGCUUAAAUACGCUCAUUACAUGUGCUGUACAUUUUCUUUUUGUAAAAUAUAUGUCCAUAAUCUAUUACAUUAUGUAUUUUAGUUCAAUUAUGAUUUGAGUUACAUUGCACUACCUCUUUGUUUCUUUAUGUACAGAAACAUUUUAAAGUAUUAAAGUCUUUUAAAAAAUG